GAUCGAUCGAACAUGGGAGGCGCAUCGCCGUGUGCAUCUUGCAAGCUGCUGAGGCGGCGGUGCGCGAAAGACUGCAUCUUCGCCCCUUACUUCCCCUCCGACGACCCCCACAAGUUCGCCAUCGUCCACAAGGUCUUCGGCGCCAGCAACGUCAGCAAAAUGCUCCAGGAGAUAGCGGUGCAACACAGGGCGGACGCGGUCAGCAGCCUGGUGUACGAGGCCAACGCCAGGUUGCGGGACCCAGUCUACGGCUGCGUCGGGGCCAUCUCCUUCCUUCAGAACCAAGUCUCCCAGCUCCAGAUGCAGCUCGCCCUCGCCCAGACCGACAUCCUCUGCAUCCAGAUGCACCACGACCCUGCUGCCGCCGUUGCCACCACAGCCAACUUGCAGCUAGACCAUCAGCACCAGCAGCAACUUGCUCUUAUAAAUCACAAUCACCAUGAUUUGGUGGACAGCAAGUCGCUUCUCCUGGCGACCACCAACUUCGGGGCCACGCUUCAGAAUCAUCCGUACCUCAACUUUGCCACUUCUGGUGUGAACAAUGUGAUGAUCCAGCAGGAUCCUCUUAAACGAGAGUCCCUUUGGACUUGAUGUCUAAUAAAUAUAUUAUCAGCAUUAAUUAAUUAACUGGCUAGCUAGAUUAAUGAAAUCUCAAUGUCCCU